CUCGUUCCCUGUUCCGUUUUGGUGCCAGUGAAGGAGGCGGUGGCGCGGCCGAGAUUUUAAGGUCCAAGCGGGAGCCUCCGCUCCUACCCCAUGUUGCUUCCUGCCUUGGAUCAGCCCAGUGUGAGGUCACAAGGAGAUUGAUGUCUUUAAGAUACAGAGUCUGGACAUUCUCUGCUCCCAGAAUUGCAUGCUCUGACUUCCUGCCUUUGUUUUGUCGGAAAGGACGAUGGAGGCUUCCUUGCCACUUGUGCUACUCUUGGCUUGUACUGCAGGUGCUACGUUUCGCUUUGCUUCCUAUUACGCUGAUCACAUGGUACUCCAGAAGGAACCAUAUCGUGCGAUCAUAUGGGGCUUUGGAGAUUCCGGUUCCAACGUGAUGCUGAGACUCUCCAAGAAUCGGAGUGUUAUGACCAAAAUGGCACAGAUUGAAGAAAACUCUGAGAUUUGGAAAAUUAUCCUGGAUCCUGUGCCCCAAGGAGGUCCUUAUACUAUAAAGGUACACCAGUACAUCAAGGAAGACGUAUCCAAUAUGACAUUGGAAGAUGUCUACUUUGGAGAUGUCUGGAUUUGCAGCGGACAGAGUAAUAUGGAGAUGACAGUUUCACAGGUAUUCAAUGCUAGCAAAGAGCUGGAAAAAGCAUCCAACUAUCCCCUUGUGCGGGUAUUUUCUGCUGCCCUGAUUCAGUCAGGUGUGGAACUGCAAGACCUUGGAGGCAUCAGCUUGCUGUGGUCCAUUCCAACGGCCAGAAACCUGGGCCACGGAGACUUCAGUUACUUUUCUGCAGUGUGUUGGCUGUUCGGCCAAUAUUUGUUUGAGAAACUCAAGUACCCCAUAGGGCUGAUAAAUACCUCCUGGGGAGGGACUCCAGUUGAGGCCUGGUCUUCCAAGCAGGCCCUGAAGGAAUGUGGGUUGACAGAGUAUAUUGAAAGAAGUCCUCCCUCAUACCUUGAUGCUGGUCCCAGAGAAGUAUCAGUGCUUUGGAAUGCAAUGAUUCACCCUUUUGUCAACAUGACCAUCCAAGGUGUUAUAUGGUAUCAAGGGGAAGCCAACACCCUUAUGAACACUGAUCUGUACAAUUGUACAUUUCCUGCACUCAUUGAAGACUGGCGGAAAGCCUUUCAUGAAGGAUCUGAUGGGCAAACCAACCGGUACUUUCCCUUUGGCUUUGUCCAGUUAUGUACGAAUCGCCAUGUGGAGAUAAAUGACAAAUUUCCACGCAUUCGAUGGCAUCAAACUGCAGACUAUGGCUAUGUCCCUAAUAAGAGAAUGCCCAAUACCUUCAUGGCUGUUACCAUAGAUCUUGGUGAUAGUGAAUCUCCUUACGGCAGCAUCCACCCCCGAGAUAAGCGGACUGUGGCCUACAGAUUGCACCUUGGAGCACUGGCAAUAGCUUAUGGGGAGAGAAGCAUAACCUUCCAAGGUCCCUACCCUCAGAAAGUGCAGGUGAAUGAAACCCAUAGGCUUCUUAAUAUCACCUUUGAAGAACAUAUUCAGUUGCGUCACAGGGACAACAACACUUUUGAGGUAUGUUGCUCUGAGAAUGGAACAUGCAGUUGGAAACCAGCAUCCAUUGUGUCAUCCUCUUCCCACUCGGUAACUCUGCAGAACGCAGCCUGUUCAAAUGGCAUAGGAGGCUUGCGCUAUGCCUGGUCUGAAUGGCCUUGUGACUACAAACUGUGUCCCAUUUACAAUCUACAGGCGUUGCCUGCCCCUCCGUUCAUUACGUUUUCCCACAGUAAUCCUGCAUGGAUUGGGCUGUGAGUGAGGUGAGAUCAACAACUUAUCUUGCAGAGCAGAGUACAGGAAAAAGAAAGUGCAGGGCACAGCCACAGCUUACUUGUCAUGUUCACCGUUCAGAUGUGAUUACGUCGUAACGGUUCGCUUGCCAUGGUGCUGACACGUGUACCGGCUGGGAGGGUGCUGCUGGGAACCUUGUACAAUAAACAGGCUGGAUUGUGCCAGGGAGGAAUGUGUUUCGGCUAUCUCUUAAAUGUC